ACGAUAUACUUGAGAGAAAUAACUUUAGGGGUUAAAUUUUAAACCUUCCUCCGGUAUGCUAGAUUUGGUUGAGUCCACGGCUCCAGUAGAACCAAGAUGGCGGAGGGAGCAGCGACGCGCUGAAGUUCAUUUUUAAUUCUAAACGCCGAGGUUUGCUCUGGUUAGACCGCUGUGGUUUGACAGCAGAUUCUGGUGUCUUUUUCUGAGAUGUUCAGGCUAAGUGGCCUGAGGGGUUUUGGCCCCGAAGCACAGACCACCAGGACAGACACUCCCACUUCUAAGAGGCUACACAUGGACACGUCAACAUGUAGAGACAGCUGCACAGCUGUCUGAAAGAGGGAAGUGAUUAAACAGCUGACAGUUGAGGCUGAACUACAGGAACCGAUAUUCAGGACCCGACUGAUCCUCAAGACAGAGAUCAGCUGUGUUGGUGGUAGCUUUUUUUUUUUUUUUUUUUUUGCCAAAUUCCAUUUCUCCUUCCUCAAUCCCCAUACAUUUGACAUUCCAUCUAUCAAGUAGUCAUCUGUCUUUUCUCCUUUUAUUCAGUCAUCAGUUGCACUGCACAGCUAAAAGUGUAGAACAGGUAAUGGAUGAUGCUGGCCAUGGUGACCUAGUGUAAAUGGCUAUUCUUCAGCACAGCUCAGUGCCAGUAUCUACUGCUCGAACUUCCUCCUCCGCCCCCCCCUCCUCUCACCCCUAUUCCACCUCUCUGCCCUCCUUCCCUGUUCCCUGCUCCUGCUUGCUGUCCAGUCCUUGCGCUCCCCUGCAACACCAUGGUAGGUGCAGGAUUGGGUGUGUGGAAGCUAAUGCGAGGAGUCCGCCAGCUGGAGCUUCACCGCCUCAUCCUGGCACUGAUCAUCUUCUGUUUGCUGUCCAUGGCCUUCCUAGCAUACUAUGUCUCCAACAGCCCCAAAAUCAAGGAGGCCCCCCCUUUACCCUUUAGUGACUGUGGUGGAGGAGGGGGCAUGGCACUGGGAGUGAGUACUGGGACUGCUGGAGGAGGGCCAGGUGUCCAGAGGGCACCGCUUUUUCUUCCCCCCCGACAGGGCCGACUGCGACAGGUGAAGGCAAUGGACAGUUCCAGGACUGAGCCUGUAGUUCUGGUGUUUGUAGAAAGCAUCUACUCCCAGCUGGGCCAGGAGAUUGUAGCCAUAUUAGAGUCUAGCCGCUUCCACUACCGGACAGAGAUUGCUCCUGGUAAAGGUGAUAUGCCCACAUUGACAGAGCGUAACCGUGGACGUUACACACUGAUCAUCUAUGAAAAUGUGUUGAAAUACGUUAAUCUGGAUGCAUGGAACCGUGACUUGCUGGAUAAAUACUGUGCUGAGUAUGGAGUUGGUGUCAUUGGCUUCUUCAAAGCUAAUGAAAACUCUCUUCUCAGUGCACAACUCAAAGGUUUCCCCCUCUUUCUACACUCACACCUGGGACUCAGGGACUACCGUAUCAACCCCAGUGCUCCUCUACUCUAUGUCACCAAGCCCAACCAGGUGGAGCAGGGCUCUUUACCAGGGGAUGACUGGACCAUUUUCCAGUCCAACCAUUCUACCUAUGAGCCGGUGCUUCUGGCCAGCACCAAGUCAUCUGAGGCACUGGCACAUUUUGGGCCCAGCCCGCUACGGGCCCUACAUGCUACAGUGAUCCAGGACUUGGGGCUCUAUGACGGCAUUCAAAGAGUUCUUUUUGGGAACAAUCUGAACUACUGGCUACACAAGCUGGUAUUUGUAGAUGCCAUUGCCUACCUGACAGGGAAGAGACUGUGUUUGUUUUUGGACCGCCACAUACUGGUGGACAUUGAUGAUAUAUUUGUUGGCAAGGAGGGAACCCGUAUGAAGGUGUCAGAUGUGGAGGCAUUGCUUAACACUCAAAACAAGCUGAGGACACUGGUCCCCAAUUUCACCUUCAACUUGGGAUUUUCUGGAAAGUUCUAUCAUACAGGUACCGAUGAGGAGGAUCAGGGAGAUGACAUGCUGCUGCAGCACAAGAUGGACUUCUGGUGGUUUCCUCACAUGUGGAGCCACAUGCAGCCUCACCUCUUUCACAACGUCAGCGUCUUGGCUGAGCAGAUGAGACUCAACAAGAUCUUUGCUCAGGAGCAUGGCAUUCCAACAGAUAUGGGCUAUGCAGUAGCUCCGCACCACUCUGGGGUGUACCCAGUUCACACCCAGCUCUAUGAGGCCUGGAAGGCCGUAUGGGGGAUCAAGGUGACCAGCACAGAGGAAUACCCCCAUCUGAGACCAGCUCGAUACCGCCGUGGCUUUAUCCACAAUGGAAUCCAGGUGUUGCCCAGACAGACGUGUGGUCUGUUCACCCAUACAAUCUUCUAUAAUGAAUACCCCGGAGGCUCAAAGGAGCUGGACAAGAGCAUCAGAGGAGGGGAGCUCUUCCUCACGGUCCUCCUAAACCCUAUCAGUAUCUUCAUGACCCACCUGUCUAACUAUGGCAAUGACCGGCUGGGUCUGUACACCUUCGAGUCCCUGGUGAAGUUUGUCCAGUGUUGGACCAACCUCAGGCUGCAGACGUUGCCCCCCGUCCAGCUCGCUGAGAAGUACUUCCAGAUCUUCCCUGAGGAGAAAGACCCACUCUGGCAGAACCCUUGUCAUGACAAGAGACACAAAGAUAUCUGGUCUAAAGAAAAGACCUGUGACCGACUCCCCAAGUUCCUCAUCAUUGGCCCACAGAAAACAGGCACUACAGCGCUUCAUUCAUUCCUGAGCCUCCACCCAGCAAUCACCAGCUCCUUUCCCAGCCCCAUCACCUUCGAGGAGAUCCAGUUCUUCAGUGGAGCAAACUAUGACAAUGGGAUUGACUGGUACAUGGACUUCUUCCCAUUCCCUUCCAAUGUCAGCACAGAUUUCAUGUUUGAAAAGAGUGCCAACUACUUUGACACAGAGGUGGCUCCUAAGAGAGCUGCUGCUCUGCUGCCCAGAGCCAAAGUCUUAGCAGUGCUCAUCAACCCAUCUGACAGGGCGUAUUCCUGGUACCAGCACCAGAGGGCCCACCAGGACCCCGCAGCAAUCAACAACACUUUCCAUGCAGUGGUGACAGCAGGCCCCUCAUCCCCCAGGGACCUGCUGGCCCUUCAGAGACGCUGCCUUAAUCCUGGGGCCUAUGCUACUCACCUGGAGCGCUGGCUGCAACACUACCAGCCCAGCCAGUUGCACAUUGUGAACGGGGCCCUACUGCGGACCAACCCAGCACUGGUGAUGGAGGGAAUCCAGAGAUUCCUCAGUAUCAGUCCCAUCUUCAACUACACCCAGGCUCUCAUGUACGACGACAGCAAAGGUUUCUGGUGUCAGCGGGUGGACGGGGGUCGAGCCAAAUGUUUGGGGAAGAGUAAAGGCAGAAAGUACCCAGAGAUGAGUCCUGAGUCACGUGCCUUUUUGGCUGAGUACUACCGUGAGCACAACAUGGAGCUACUGCAUCUACUGAAUCGUUUGGGCCAACCCCUGCCAUCCUGGCUCCGCCAAGAACUCCAGAGCACCAGCUGGAGCUGAGGCUACUCGCUUACAGACAGGCCAAGGAAAAGCCUGGACUGGAGUCUGUGGAUGCACCAGCCUUGCUCUGGAUUAGACAGGAUCACCAAAUCUGGAAUAAACAGCAGCACGCACACACUAAAAGAGCUACAAGGAUUGAGCUGAUGUUACUGGUGCUCCUGUCCUGUGGCAAAAAGAAGACGGCUCACGAUCUUUCUGGUGUUGGUCCCCUGUUGGAGGAGGAUCCCAGUGGCCUCUGUCUCCAAUUACUGAUUUGUGGCCAACUUCCCUCGACCACUUGGCAGCCCUCAGCCUUAGUUGGUGCAUGUUGGACGGGGGAGGGGCGCUGAUACCGUACACGUUUGCUGUGGAUCCAGAUGACUGGAAGUUUGAGGCAUAAAGAACGUGUCAAACUGCCUUAAAGCGAGAAGAGAAACUCAAAGGAUGAGAACGUGCCGAUGUGUAUGACUGGGUACAGGACUAACAUGCACAAAUCCACGUCCUAUCUUUCCACCACAAUGAUUGUAAAGCAAUUCAGUUUCGAAAGCAGUUGUAUAUCGGGGGUUGGGGUGGGGUAGGUGGGAAGUAUAUGGCCAGCAGCAGACAGUAAAGACACACAGUCUGUGUCCUGGUCCACAGUUCCAGCACACACACACACACACACACACACACAUACCUGGCCCAGCAGUGAGGGUGCUGCGUUUCCUUUUAGCCUCCCAGUUUUCCAGUCUGUUUACUGUGGUGGCAGACAUUUUAACUUGGAUUUAGAUGACAGGUCAAUGUAAAUACUAUGAAUCAGAGCACAACUCAAGCCCAGGUUUGGUCCAGGCUGUGCCUCACACUAGUGUCCUGUCAGGGAAUGAGCAUCUUAUUCCACCUGUCUAAGGUAAAGAUGGUUUUUGAAUGAAAAGGCACUGUUCUUCAUGGGAGCUGUGGUCUUGCUCCAUCCUCCAGAUUUGAUUUAACAUUACUGACAUUCUUGCUUCUAACAAACAGAUUUAAAAAAUACCCCAUCCAUGUGGCAAAUGGAGUGAACCACACAACAUAACGUGACUCCAUGGCUCUGGCUUGAGGCCUCUGCCUUAACAAUAGCUGCUGAGACUAAUCAGUGCUCUAGUAGAGUCAUUAUAUAUGAAAUGAAUAGUGCCAAAAGUUAAAAGCAACUGUUUCCCUUGGUCCUGAUAUGAUGUGACCACGAGGCAUAGCCCUGGACCAGAACUGUUAAACUCUUAGGGGCUUGUUCUUCUGUGACAGGAAAACCGUCACAUCCAGUAUCUUCUGAAAAACCAACAUACAUGACCCCACACACACACACACACACACACA